GCUGACACAUUGUUGCAGACUCGACUGAAUGAGUAGAUUGCUUUCUGGGAAUUUUGCAUGCCAAACAUUGGAGUUUCUAAGGAGCCUUUUGCUGGUUACUUAUAGUUUAGUUGUUUAAUCAGCUAGUUUUGUUUCUAUGUAUUUAUGUCAUUUCUGGAACUACAGCAACGGAUAUCUGCUAAUUAUUACUGUAUUGCUGAUAUGCAUAUACAGAAUAAUUUUGAUAUAUUUGGUUGAAGGAAUGGGUUUCAGGUGAUAUUUGAAUCUAUUCUCAGAAUUUAGCAUUGUAUUCUAUAGGACUUCUCUGUUUUGGGUGUACUUGGAGAUGCAAAAUGGAGACAAAACAAAAGAUGUCAGAGUUCCGAGAGAGGCUGGAUAAAACACUGGCAUCUCAGAAUCUUACGAAUGAGGAAUAUAUUAAGAAACUCGUCAAGAAACAACUUCUAUGCUCAUCACCCCAGGGCGAUAUUCAAAAUCUCACUGAGAAUCUCCUAGAGAAAAGAACCAAGGAAGUGUCAAACUUACUCAACAUGUUGAGAAGUGCUUCCCAAAAGGACAGUGCUGUGUCAACAACUCAUGAAAAACCACAUGCUGAUUGGAAGUUAAAAGAGGACAAUGAAGAAUUCCGCGUUAUGUAUCGAGAAGGACCGCAAGGCACUCCCUUUCAUAUGCUACUUGUAGAAGGCGUUGUUGAUGCACCUGUUGAUGUUUGUAUAUGUGUUUCAUGGGAGUCAUCCCUAUUUAAGAAAUGGUGGCCUCAGUUUAAUAUUCCAACUUUCAAAAUUGUCAAAUCCAAUUGUUUGCAAAAGGUUCGAAUUGGUGAACAGAUAUGUCUAGUCAGGAUGAAGUUUUCAUGGCCACUGUCAGCUAGAGAAGCUGUUGUACACUUUAUAGAGUUGGAGUUUUUUGAAGAUGAUCUUGUCAUUGUGCUUGUAAACUCGGUAUCUGAUUUACAGAGUAUUGAUAGAAGUACUCAUGGGUUUACCAAUGAGGGGAUACCUGAAGAAAAGGAUGUGGUUCGGAUAGAUGUUGUUGGAGGCUUUGCCUACCAAAAGGUGUCCUCAAAUAGAAGUUACUUUCGGACAAUAGCAACUAUGGAUAUCAAAUUGGAGUUUGUUCCUCCAGCACUAAUUAACUUCGUCUCAAGGCAGCUUAUUGGUGGUGGUUACAAGCUCUUUAAAAAGAUAGUAGCUUCUGCAGCCAAUGGUGAUGAGGAUUUCAGCAAGGCCUUGGAUGACAGACUCUAUCUUCAGAUACGGGAGGGUUUAAAUCCCGCCUAUAAACUCCAGAAGGCCCUAAAACCAGAGGCCCUUAAGAGUGAGAAUUUUACUUCUGCUGUCCCUGAAGAACAUGGAAACAGAACUCCACAGGCCAAAGAAUCAGUUAACUGUCAAGUGUCUCUCAGUGAUGACCUUGCAACUGAAGCUCCACGAGCAGAUUUUCUAGUUCCUUGUGAGACUAGUCAUGGAGAAAUAGAGGAAGAAGUGAUUGGACAAGACAAACACUUGGAGAGGAGUAGCCAAGGCAUGAAUCACUCUCCAACCAAUAAUUUUGCAGAACAGUGCCGUGUCAACAAGGGAAAGAAGGUUUAUAUCAGUCCUGAGGUGGAAAAUGCUCUAAGCAUAUUAAAUGAGGCCAUAUCUAUGGUUCGAGAGGGUGGAAUUUGUCAGCAAAGUUUGUCUCCUGGUUCCCCUGAUCAAGAGUCCACAGAUUUUGAAAGAGUUGUGGGGGCAGGCUCCACUUUUUCAGGAGCUGGAGCAGCUUCUUCAGGUGGUGGAAUCUGCAUUGAAGCACCAAAAGUGGACAACAUGAAUAGGUCACCAGAGGAAGCUGACGAUGUCUCUGGCAUAUAUAAUACCAGACCAGGUUCUCCUAUAAAAGAAGUGAACUGGAACCGGAUAAUACCAGUAUCUCCGGGACAAAAUUUCCCAAUUUCAAGCAAAUCUCAGGAGGUUCGGUGGACUUCUUCACAAAAUGUGACAACACCAGAGGAGCCUGUGUUGGAGAACAUGGCGAAUGGUAAUAAGGAGGUUGAUGUCAAUGCAAAUGGCAUCAUUGAAAGCUGGAAUGGUGAGAAAGAGAAGUUGAGGCAACAAAGAAUAAAAAAAUGGAUCUGUUGCUUACCUUUUCCCCCCAACCACGGUUGA